AUGUUGAAUGCAUCAUUUCCCACCAAAAAUCCCACUAUCAUCCAAACCAUAAUCACCAACCUUCAUGAAAAUUGCAAAACAAUGUCUGACCUCAAGCAAAUCCAUGCUCUGCUCCUCACUUCCGGCCUCUCCCAACAACAAUCCUCCGCUUCCCAAAUCAUCAAUUUCUCAGCCCUUUCCGAUUCGGGUAACAUAGACUACUCGUACCGGGUCCUAACCCAACUCCCCACCCCUACAGUUUUUGACUGGAACGCUGUCAUCAGAGGCUACUCCAAGAGCCGAAACCCCAACCGUUCGAUUUCCGUCUUCAUCAGAAUGCUGCGUCAUGGGGCCUCACCGGACUACUUAACGUACCCUUUUCUUGCCAAAGCCUCGGCGCGUUUGUUGAAGCGUGAGCUUGGUGUUGCAGUGCAUGGCCACAUUGUCAAAGCAGGGUUUGAGUCGGAUAGGUUUAUAAGUAACUCAUUGAUUCACAUGUAUGCUACUUGUAGAGAUGUAUUGUAUGCACGCAAGGUGUUUGAUGAAAUUGCUGCGAAGAAUUCGGUGUCUUGGAAUUCAAUGCUGGAUGGAUAUGCAAAGUGUGGGGAUGUGGUUUCGGCGAGGGAAGUGUUUGAGAUGAUGCCGGAGCGUGACGUUGUGUCUUGGAGCUCUUUGAUUGAUGGGUACGUUAAGGAUGGGGAGUAUGGGGAGGCUUUGAGAGUGUUUGAGAGAAUGCGGGUUAUGGGGCCGAAAGCGAAUGAGGUGACUAUGGUGAGUGUUAUGUGCGCUUGCGCGCAUCUCGGUGCGCUUGAGCAAGGGAGGACAAUGUGUCGUUAUAUGAUGGAGAACAAUUUGCCAUUAACUCUGGUGUUGCAAACAGCGCUUGUCGACAUGUAUGCAAAGUGCGGGGCGAUAGACGAGGCUUUAAGUGUUUUUCGCGGGGUUUCGUUGAAGCAGUCGGAUGUGUUGAUUUGGAAUGCAAUGAUAGGAGGACUUGCAACUCAUGGAUUAGUCCGACAGUCGCUUGAAUUGUUUAGGGAGAUGCAAAUGAUUGGGAUUGUCCCGGAUGAGAUCACGUACUUGUGCUUGUUGAGUGCUUGUGCUCAUGGGGGGUUAGUCAAAGAAGCUUGGCAUUUCUUUGAAUGUAUUGGUAAACAUGGUAUGGCACCCAGGUCUGAGCACUAUGCUUGCAUGGUGGAUGUAUUAGCACGCAGGGGCCAAGUAGAAGAGGCAUACCAAUUUAUAUGUCGAAUGCCUAGUGAUCCAACUCCUUCCAUGCUUGGUGCUCUGCUUAAUGGGUGCACGAACCAUGGAAAGUUAGGUCUUGCAGAGAAUGUUGGGAGGAGGCUUAUCGAGAUACAGCCAAAUCACGAUGGUAGAUAUGUUGGCUUGUCAAAUGUUUAUGCUGUUUCCAAGCGCUGGGAUGAUGCAAGAAGUCUAAGACAAGCCAUGGAAAGAAGAGGGGUGAAGAAGACCCCUGGGUUCAGCCUUGUGGAGAUAUUUGGAAGCCUUAACAAAUUUAUAGCCCACGAUAAAUCAUGCCCUGAUUCAGAAGAAAUUUAUGGGAUGCUGAAUGUUAUCCUAAAUGAAAUUAGAUCUGAAAGUGAUUCCAGAGAUCAAGAAUACUUUCUUUAA